CAGUAGGAAGAUGGCGGCGGCCCCGCUGUACUGUGUCUGCCGGCAGCCCUACGAUGUAAGCCGGUUUAUGAUCGAGUGUGACAUCUGUAAGGACUGGUUUCACGGCAGCUGUGUGCAGGUCGAGGAGCAUCAGGCUGUGGAUAUCGAUGUUUACCACUGUCCCAACUGUGACGUCCUUCAUGGACCCUCCUUGAUGAAAAAGCGCAACAACUGGCACAGGCAUGACUACACAGAGCCGGACGACGGAUCCAAGCCGGUGCAGGCCGGCACCUCGGUGUUCGUCAAGAAGCUCCAGAGCAGGACCUUCCCCAGUGGCGAAGAGAUCCUGAUCCGGAUGAAGGGGGAGCAGGUGACCACCCGGUACCUGGAGCGGCACGGCUUCAACUACCCCAUCAUGGUGACGGAGAUGGAGGGCCUGGGCCUCAAGCUGCCCCCGCAGACCUUCUCCGUCAGGAACGUGGAGGAGUACGUGGGUGGCGACAAAGUCAUCGACGUGAUCGACGUGGCGCGGCAGGCGGACAGCAAGAUGAAGCUGAGCGAGUUCAUCAAGUAUUUCACCAACCCCCAUCGGCCCAAAGUCCUCAACCUCAUCAGCCUGGAGUUCUCUGACACCAAGAUGUCGAAGUUGGUGGAGGUCCCCGACGUGGCCCAGAAGAUGUCCUGGGUGGAGAACUACUGGCCGGACGACUCCUUCUUCCCAAAGCCCUUCGUCCAGAAGUACUGCCUCAUGGGGGUCAAGGACAGCUACACGGACUUCCACAUAGACUUUGGAGGCACCUCGGUCUGGUAUCAUGUUCUCUGGGGUGAAAAGAUCUUCUACCUGAUCAAGCCCACCCCCACCAACCUUGCACUAUAUGAGGCCUGGAGCUCCUCGCCCAAUCAGAGCGAAGUCUUCUUUGGGGACAAAGUGGACAUGUGCUACAAGUGUGUCGUGCCCCAGGGAGCCACCCUGCUCAUCCCUACAGGCUGGAUCCACGGUGUUCUCACCUCUCAGGAUUGCAUGGCGUUUGGAGGGAACUUCCUUCACAACCUCAAUAUCGGCAUGCAGCUCAGGUGUUAUGAAAUGGAGCGCCGUCUGAAAACCCCCGACCUCUUCAAGUUUCCGUACUUCGAGGCCAUCUGCUGGUAUGUGGCCAAGAACCUUCUGGAAAUGCUGAAAGAGCUGCGUGAGGACAGCUGUCCGCCGCCGACCUACCUGGUGGACGGAGUCAAGGCUUUAAUCGGUGCACUGAAGACUUGGUUGAAGCGAGAGGUGACUGAGCCCACCAGCGAGGUACCGGACAACGUCCGGCCCAACCACCUCAUCAAGGAGCUGACCAAGGAGAUCCGCUACCUGGAGGAGGAGCCGGCCGGCGGGAACAAGCCCGUGAAAACUCAGGGAUGCGGCGUGCCGUCGGGCUCCGGCGGCGGCGGCUGCCCGGCCACCCGCUCCACGCUGGAGAGGCUGUGCCAGGCGCGGCGGGCGCGCCGGGCGGCGCGGCGGCUGAGGGAGCAGCAGCGCCAGGCGCCCAAGGUGCCCUCCAACCUGGACAUCCUGGAGCAGCACACCAGGGAGGUGCUGCGGCGGCUGGAGGUGGGGCUGCUGGAGGAGGAUCCGGCGUUUUGUGCCAAGGUUCACGGGAAGCUGAACAAAGCGUCGACGGCUUCGGCGGCCGCGGCGGCCGAGUCCCUGGAAGACAACCACCUCCGGCUGAUGCUGGUCAACGGCAGGAUCAUCAGAGACGUGCGGCGCGCCAGCUCCAGUCCGGUGAAGACGGAGAGUGAGGAGCCACCAAAGAGCUGCGUGGACGUGAAGUCGGAGCGGACGGAGGAAGACUCCAUCCUCAGGGGUCUGCAGAGGGUGAAGACUGAACUCAGGGAAGACGUCUCGGGACACUCGGGCGUGUCCGACGUGGAGUCAGACAGCGACUGUCCCAGAAGGCGCAAAGUUUUGUCGUCGUCCUCUGACGAGGACUCGGAGAGUUCCCAGGAGGAGGAGGAGGAGGAGGAGGAGCAGGACGGCGAGGGGAGGGGCUCAGGGCACACCAUCGAGCUGGACCAGUCCGGUCAGACACUCAGGCACCAACACCAACCACUCAAACGAGAACGUCCUACCUCACCCAGCACAGAAGAGGCCAUUCAGGGGAUGCUGUCCAUGGCCGGCCUGCUGUGCGCCGCCAAGCCCGAGAAGGCGGCGUCGCCCUGCGGGGAGCCCUGGUGGUCCAGCCCGGACCCGACGGCCCAGCACCCGCACCAGCGCCGCCUGCAGGGCGACAAGAGCCCCAUGGACAGCCAGGGCAACAGCAGCGAGGCCUGGGACAAUCAGGGGCUGCCCAGCCCCGACACGGACUACCAGUACUGUGACCCCGCCAUGUCGCCGCCGCUGCACCCCUCCAAGCGGCACGCCCCCAACCCCCCGCCCAUCAGCAAUCAGGCCACCAAAGGCAAACGGCCCAAGAAAGGCAUGGCCACGGCCAAGCAGAGACUGGGCAAGAUCCUGAAGCUCAGCAGACACAGCCGGGUGUUCGUGUGAGGCGCUGCAGGGACACGGCUGUUACCGGACACUGUUGGUGCUGUAGGAAUGAGGGAAACGGCGAAGGAAAAAAAAAAAUAAAAAAUGGAAAAGAAGAAGAAAAGAGGUUUGUGACACUGCCGGGAGGAACCGAAGACACGUCGGAUUAAAAGAACACGCUCACUGUGCAUGCUUAGGAGAACAGGGUAUUUGAAAUAAGCAAGCGCACGACUUCACUACAAGCACACGGAAACAGGAGGAAGAGGAGGAAGAGGAGGAGCUCCUGCAGAAAAGAGGCUUUUCUCCUUUUGGUUUCCUGCGGCCCUGGAGGAGGAGGAGGAGGAGGAGGAGGAGGAAGAGGAGCCGAGGACGAGGUGCUACAAGAAGAGCCGGAAAAAGGAAAAAAAAAAAAAAAGAAGAUGGUGCUUAUCUGUUUGUACUUUUCUCCACUCAUGCUUGCCCCCCCACCCCCUCCUCCACCUCCCUCCACCCUCCUCCCCCUUUUAUCUCAAUCACACCAGCAAUAAAGACUCCGAGGAGGAAGAGGAGCACCGAGGUGCAGGAGAACCUCCGCUCGUUUUCAGUAGGAACGAUUCAGUCUUCGGCUUAAUUUAUUUCUCCAUUUUAUCUGUGAUGUUUCUUUUUUUUAAAUGGAUUCUGAAUGAUGUAUUUAUUAAUUGACAGAGGUAUUGAUUUUAUUAUAUUUUCACCUCAACUAUCCUGAGGUUUUUUUUUCUCUUCCCCUUUUUAAGAUCUUUAACUUUAUUAUUAUUAUAUUUUGUUUUUUGUUUUUUUUUUGUAAAUGUGGAUGUUUUCAUGUGAUCAUCUGUCGAGUAGCGGUUUGAACUCCCUCAGUUAGAGUCCGUCUCCAUUCAGCUCGGGUUCUGGUGACGGCGCCUUCCAGUUGUCUCAGAAGUUCCAGGUUGUCGUUUCCAGAUCAGGCGCUCCAGAUUUUUAUUUAAGUUCUCAGUUGAAAAUUCUUCAACAUGUUGUUACAAAUUACAAUUUUUUUUUUCUCCCUCCGAGACAACUGGAAAGCAGAAGACAAAAAAAAAAAAAAAAAAAAAACACUAAGUAUUGUGAGGUGGAUCCAAAGGAGUAUUGAGAUGAGUGAAGUUCUUUCUUUCGUUCUGUCCUUCAUGUGGAACGUGCUUCUCAGGGAAAGAUGCCAUUCAUGGACAAAACCUUCAAAGAACCACCGGCUCUCCUCUCCGGGUCAAUCACCUCCGCUGGAGAUACUGAGCUUCUUUCUUUUUUUAAUAUAUACGGUGGAUUUAAAACUUGUAAAAAAAAAAAAAAAAAAAAAAAAAGACAAA